AUGGUUUGUUUUUGCUUUCUGGUGGAUCAAAAGAGGACGGUGCGGCGGAGUAAGCCGGUGGCUGGCUCGUGUUCGCGGUGCGGACACGGUGCUAAAGUGGCUGAGAUGUAUACAUCAACUAGGUUUUGUUAUAUUCCAUUUUAUACCAAGUCUUGGAAGGCUAUUGUUUGUAGUUUUUGUGGUGCCAUUCUCAAAUACUACACAUAAACUCAUAACAAUAGAUGAAGGGUGA